AUGGCUGGGAUUGAUGAUAAUGUUGCCCUUACUGGUGAUUGGGGUCUUGCUAGCCCAAGUCCAAGAACAUUUUUCUCCAGAAUGUUAGAGGAAGACACUGUAACAAGAUCAAUCUCAGAACAUUCUGGGAGUGGUAGAACUGGGGAAUUCUUUUCAGGACCUUAUGAGCCUAGUGAGAAAGGGAAGGGGAACAUGAAGGAUGGGGCACAAGAUGGUGAUUCUGGAGCCCAAUUGACCAACCCGAGAUUUCAGACUGAGCAGAAGUCGAAUUCCCGGGGUGGUCUUGUGGAAAGAAUAGCUGCUAGAGCUGGGUUUAAUGCUCCAAGGCUGAACACUGAAAGCAUUAGAUCUACUGACCUUUCGCUCAAUUCCGACAUUCAGUCUCCUUACUUGACAAUCCCGCCCGGUCUCAGUCCUACAACGCUUUUAGAUUCUCCAGUGUUCCUUGCAAAUUCACUGGCACAGCCAUCUCCAACUACUGGAAAGUUCCUGUUCAUGUCAAAUGGCAACAUGCGCUCAGAAUUAUCAUCUGAUGCUCCAGAAAAAUGUGAAGAUAAUGGCUUUGGGGAUAUCUAUACAUCAUCUUUUGCUUUUAAGCCUGCAACAGGCUCAGGCUCCUCUUUUUAUCAUGGUGCUGGAAGAAAAAUAAAUCCAACUACACUUCCUCAACAAUCCCGUCCUGGGAUUGAGGUUUCGGCUCAGUCAGAAAAUUCUUUUCAAUCUCAAAGUGUUGAUGCUGUCAAAGUUCAAACUGAGAACAAAAUUGGUCUUCAGGCAGACUAUGUCGAGUCGCCUCCUGAAAAAGAUACUAAAAUGUUCCCAGCUGAUCAAAGGGCUUUUGAUGCUGUUGGUGCUGGCAUUGAACAUUCUACACCAAUUGAAGAACAUGGAGAUGAAGAAGGAGAUCAAAGAGGCAAUGGAGAUUCAAUGACCGGUGGUGUUGGUGGUGCGCCAUCUGAUGAUGGAUAUAACUGGAGAAAAUAUGGCCAAAAGCAAGUUAAAGGCAGCGAGUACCCUCGAAGUUACUACAAGUGCACACAUCCAAACUGUCAGGUUAAGAAGAAAGUAGAACGAUCCCAUGAGGGCCAUAUAACUGAGAUCAUCUACAAGGGAACACACAACCAUCCAAAACCUCCACCAAAUCGCCGGUCAGGUAUAGGUUCAGUUAACCCUCAUACUGACAUGCAAAUCGACAACCCUGAACAUGUUGAACCACACAUUGGUGGUGAUUGUGACAUGGGCUGGGGUAAUGUACAAAAGGGAAAUAUAGCUGGAGCUGCUAACUGGAAACACGAAAACCUUGAGGCAACAUCAUCAGCAUCUGUUGGCCCUGAAUACUGCAACCAGUCCACCAAUUUGCAGACUCAAAAUGGUACUCACAUUGAUUCAGGAGAGGCAGUUGAUGGAUCGUCUACUUUUUCCAACGAAGAAGACGAAGACGACCAAGGCACUCAUGGUAGUGUAUCAUUAGGUUAUGAUGGGGAAGGAGAUGAAUCAGAGUCUAAGAGAAGGAAACUGGAAUCAUAUGCAGACCUGAGUGGAGCUACUAGAGCCAUCCGGGAGCCUAGAGUUGUUGUGCAGACUACCAGUGAAGUAGAUAUCCUCGAUGAUGGUUACCGGUGGCGGAAAUAUGGACAAAAAGUUGUCAAAGGAAAUCCCAAUCCAAGGAGUUACUACAAGUGUACGAAUGCAGGGUGCACAGUAAGGAAACACGUGGAGAGAGCAUCACACGACCUUAAAUCAGUAAUCACUACGUACGAGGGAAAGCACAACCAUGAUGUGCCUGCUGCUCGUGCCAGCAGCCAUGUCAAUGCUAGCGCUUCCAACUCCGUCCAAGCUUCUGGUGUUCUUCCGACCCAUGUUCAUAGACCUGAACCAUCUCAAGUACACAAUGGCAUUGGAAGGCUUGAGAGGCCAUCCCUCGGCUCGUUCAACCUACCGGGAAGGCAGCAGCUAGGACCUUCCCACGGCUUCUCCUUCGGCAUGAACCAACCGAUGCUAUCGAAUAUGGCGAUGUCAGGGUUAGGCCAUGUGCAAGCAAAGCUUCCUGUCAUGCCUGUUCAUCCAUUCUUGGCACAACAACAACAGCAACGCCCUUCAAACGAUUUUGGUUUCAUGAUGCCAAAGGGAGAGCCAAAUGUGGAGGCUAUUCCUGAACGCGGUGGUGCCCUUAACCUGCCAAAUGGGUCAUCAGUGUACCAAGAAAUCAUGAGUCGCAUGCCUCUUGGACCUCAUACGUAA